AUGGAAGAACUAACCAAGAAUUUUACGGAAAAUGAAAAGAGGAACCUGACCAACACAAAAUUGCACUGUUUUCCAGAGGCGGAAUUCGCUGCUGAAGUUAACGACCUCCUCAUCUUCAUUGCAGUGCUUAAUAUUUUUCUUUCCAUUACUGCAUUGCUGGGGAACACUCUUAUCCUCUCCGCUCUACGCAAGGAAACCUCACUUCAACCAGCGUCCAAAAUCCUGUAUCGUAACCUAACGAUAACUGAUCUCUGUGUUGGUGUUGUUGUGCAGCCCUUGGUUUCGGCUUAUUCGCUUUCCGAGGUGAACGGAAAAUGGAUUAUUUGCUAUUACACAGGCCUGACAGCUUUUAUUUCAGGUGUUAUACUGUGCUUAGCAUCUUUAGUAACAGUGACUGCAAUAAGCGUGGACAGACUUCUCGCUUUGUUGUUGGGGUUCAAAUAUAAAGAAGCUGUUACUCUAAAGAGAGCAAAUAUAAUAGUAGUCGCUAUAUGGGUCUUAUCCGUUGUUGGGCCAUUCUGCAACGCUUAUCUUGCCAUAACUGUAUCUAUCUGUCUAUUUACGUUAUUUUUUUCUUACACAAAAAUUUUCCUCGCUCUGCGUUGUUAUCAAAUUCAUGUUCAGAGUCACGUUUCUGAAGGGCAACCGAGACAAGCAAUGCCACUGAAUAUGGUUCGAUACAGAAAAGGAGUGUACAGUGCAUUAUGGGUACUUGUUGCAUUGACUAUUUGUUAUCUACCUCAUUAUAUUGUCGAAGUUUUAACAGGUCAAGCAGGGAUGACCUUAUCACUUUACAUUGCUAGGCAAUUUACAACCAUUUUAGUUCUCCUAAAUUCAUCAUUAAAUCCAUUGCUGUACUGCUGGAAGAUCAGUGAGAUGAGGCAAGCUGUGAAAGAAACGCUUAGGCAACUUUUCUGUUAAUCGAUUAGCUCGUAAUCUGUUAUUGUUUAAAUUACCAAUGCCGUCAAUUAAUUUUUUAUAGCUUUCCCCUAGCCAGAUAGAUAGAUGAACUAAGACUUUAAAAUUUUGUAGAAUAAGAUAAUUCUUCUAAGCUCAACCAGCUUUCUUCUCGUGUAGCUUUUGCUCGAUGUUUGGCAAAGAAAAAAAAAACGUGAAUAACGUUCUUCCUGAAGUUCAAUUUCUAUUCGGGAGAUGUCAAGAGUAACUCUAAAUAGAAGACAAACACUCGAGGAAAACAUACUUCAAAGAAAGGUUAAGGAAAUUUUCAUGCUAAUGACUGAACAUUUCCUCUUACAGGUCUUACCUUGAAAAGCUAGAUUAGCAUGCCUCAUUAGCAUGCUGUAUUCAUUGGGACUGCGUUUCAAACCACUGACGUCCUGUCAAAAUUAAAUAAUUACAGAAAAUGAAAAGUCUUGCAAAAGAGACACAGUCAAAGCUCUCAUUAGCCUCAGAAAGCGGACAUUUCGCGACUUUAUCAACGGUUUCCCGGCAAAAUUCCGUCUGAGAAACGACUGCAGGAAUUCGAUAUCGAUGACGUGUUAGACGUGAGUAGUGCUUCUGAUUGCUUAAAGCAAAAUUUCAUCGCGAACCUGAAUCAGAAGCACUACCGAAAUAAAGGCUUUGACGUAUCACCAGUGUCGAAUUUGUAACAUUCGUAACAGGCAAUAAAAUGUAUUUCAUCAGUUUUUUCACUCAAUGUUUAUAAAUUUUAGGAACCAGAGGCUCAAGAGGUUUACAUAGCGACUUACAAAUAUUUAAAAAGAAGGUAGCGGAAGCACGAUUCUCUUCCGUCUGUUUAUUAAUUCAUUUUUAGUAUAGAGAAUCAAAUUUUGCAAAAUUUUACAAUGUAUUAUAUUUGAUUCUGGUUAAAGCUAGUUAUUAUUGCGUUCGACGUUAGGAGAACACAACCUAAACUGAACGCGAGAAGCCUGGGCACAAGCAUUUAGCAGAAAGAGUCUCGAUUUUAGGUUGGUCAACUACCGGAAAUACAUCAUAGCCUCCACGCACAAGGUGCGCGCGCAUCUAAAAGGAUCAGAAUGCGCUCGAAUGUUUUUCUUCCACGUGCAACUUUGUUCAUUUUCUAUCAGGCAAUCAAUCAAUAAACUUUACUUAUCCACGGAACUAAACUAGAGGUUCCAUAUUGGAAGUGAAGAGCGGCCCUAUGUAGAAAUAUCAAGGGGUUGGAAAGGUAUCAAUAAUCCAACCUGAUUUUUGAGUAUACAUUUUAUAUGCAACCUUUCAUUAUACAACGUUUACUUUCAAAACAUACGGAUAAUAUAUUAGUGAGCUAUAUGAAGGCUUGUUGUUAUUGAUUGAAAUCUUUGGGAAUUCAUUGCUUGCAUUAUGCUCAGUGUUUGUUUUUAUUUAAAACUAAUUCUAAGAUUAAGCACGUUCCGAAUUAUAGUCACAGAUACAAAGCUGAAGAAAGAAAAACAAGCUUUAAAAAAAUACAAAAUAACUCAACUAUAUAUUUUAUACAUCAUAGUCUCCCUUUUGUCCCGUCACGCAAUGCUAGAGACAAAAAACGGCUGGGAGGGAGACAACAAUUUACUCUCUCCUUUUUUAAUCUUACAACUUUGAAGAUCAUGUGAUAUCCUAAACUUAGAUACAAUAUAUUAUUUACAAAUACACAAUAAAGACAGAUUUAAAAGAAAGGUUUCAGAAAGCAUCUUUGAUUUAGUGAAUUGUCACGGAAUUGUACAUAUAUUAAUUCGUUCCUGGUGUAAUCACUUUUUUACUUCAUGAGAUCAAUGCAAAUAACUAUUUUACAUGAACAGGAAAACCUUAAUUCAGUCUGCCCACCUCGGUAAGCAAAUCGCUUUUUUCAUUCGGCUCUUUGGCGGGGCAAAUCAUGACCUUGAUCGUAAUUCAGUUUUUUCGCCUCGUUGCUUCGUUCACCUCUUUAGAAAAGGUUGUGAACUACAAUAGGAAGGUUAUCUGCCAAAAACGAUUCUGUUGCCUUGAUUGUUUGGGGCGCUUUGAAGCUAUUUGUCUCCUCGUGACAAGAUUUCAUCGAUUGUGUUCGUGAUCUACAGCUGAUAACUGGUGGGGCUCAUGGAACGACAGAGCUGCCAAAAUGAGAGAAUCUUGUCCAACUUUUACUGGGGGAAAAAAGUAUAAUGAUGAAUUCCGGGAUGUCUAUUUUUUGACAAUAUCUGAAAAAACUUUAAAUGAAUUCUCGUACUCGUAGUCGUUUUAGUCCUCGAAUAUAAAGGUCUCUAAUAACGACCACACGCAAAAUUAAGUUUCGCGCGAGACGUUCCAUCGCACCACCGGUGGAUUAUGGUAAGUCGAGCAAGCGCGUCUUAAUUAUAACUAUAUUACGUAACAAUUAAUGGAAAAGCAAUUCAGAAUAAUUUUCUUCGAGGAAAAUGGUGGAAAAAGAGGAUAAGAUAUGAAGUCUUAUUGCAUAUUUCUUAUCGCGUUUAAGUUUGCAUUCCUUGCGCAAGGUGAGUUUCUUCUCUGAUGAACUGUUAGCUGAAGCUGAAAAGCGACAAGGUAACAAAAGCAUAAGUCGGUUUCGGAAGCUAGCCUUAGUCUCGAUUUCAUAAUUUCAAAUAACGUCACCAGUCGAAUAUAAUUUUUAGGCCUCCUUCUUUCGUAUUAUCUUUUGCGGCACUGCCAACACUGAAAAAAAUGUUCUUGCCCUUUUCCUUAAAGGACUUUUCCCAUCGCAAAUGCAGUAAAACCCCGCUUUGCGUACAUCCACCUCAUACAGACACCUCAUGAUUACGGACAGUUUCACUUGUACCAGGGCAAAGAAAGCCCUUACAUUUUCUCUUAAUUUAACCUGCUUAGUACUGAAACCCCUUUAAUACGGACACUAUCUAUGGCCCUCAGUGUCGUUUUUUUUUUAUAAACGGGGUUUGACUGAAAUUGGCAAUUUGAACGCAGAAAAAGUGCCUAUUCGAUAAGUGAUGAGUAUGAUUAAAUUGCCCCCCUUUCCUGUCUGUAGCUUUCUCCUUUACAUUUCAGAGUCCCAUAGACAAGUUCAAUCCGUAAGUUUGUUUUGAGUCCAAUGAAGAAUUGCUGUUCUGGAAACGUUUAGGUGGAAAACUGAAAUCUUCUUAGUGGAAAUAAAGUCUUCAUCAUUCGCGUAUUUGCGCUUGCAAAAGGUUGGGGUAGAAAACGUAAAUAGGGUUUUUGUCUCCACUGAUUCUGCUAAAGCUUUUUAAACAAUACGUUUUCCUCACAGAACAUCUGUUUUGGGCAGUUAUAGCUGCUGGUGGUUUGUUCGAAGAAAGGUUGCUGUACUUCUGGGGCGUUCAGUUGUAAUAAACUAACAACAGCUUAACCCGUCCUCGGUGUGAAAAAAUUUUCUCGUAUAUAUACUAUCAGGGCCGCUUGACGCUUGAGGUUGCUAUGUCAAGAUGACUACUUGCACUUCAACCUUUUCGAUACAUUUUUUUUACAAUUCUCCUUUCAACGACAACGUGAAUUUUCCUCGCCAAACGUUUAAGAACAUUUCCACACGACACAGACGUGGAACUUCCUAAUUCGACCUUGUUUUUCAGGAAGGUAAAUAACGAAAAAUGACGAAGAAAAAGUAAACAACGAAUUGUUAACCAGCGAAUACCGCCACUUCCUUUCACUCCCCACCGCGGCUAAGGAACAAUGGAAUUUAAGCAACUUCAACGACGACGGGAGCGAUAACGUCGCUAAAAAGAUUAUCAUUACCGUUUUUUAAUGGUUUUUUUUUAAACUUUAUUGUGCUUAAGUAGCCUCGCCCAAUUGGUCAAAUCUAGGCGAGUUUUCCUGUGGUUGAAUUCUUUAAAGGACCCAUAAUUUUGUGUCUGCUAUUUAAAUCGCCUUUUCUACUAUAUAACGUUCAUAGAGAUGCAAUAUAAAUCAUAUCCCGUAAUUUCGGCUUACCGUAAAUCCUCUAUUAAACCCCCGGUGGGGGGGUAUUUCAAGCCCACUUUGAGGGAAGGCUUAAUAGAGCCGGGGGGGUAUUUGAGAUGAAGGAAUAUUUUGUUUAGAAAGACGAAGGUAUCAGUCAUAAAAAAGAACUAUAGAAAACAAAGUGGAAAAGCUUAAGUACAAGAAGGUUGGAGGUCAUGCAGCCGAGCAUCAGAAUCAAAUCCAAACUUCCAGCCGGUAAAUAAUUCAACCCGGAUCAGUCCACACGAAUUCGAAGUUUUACAGUCAUGAUUGAUUAGUGCAGUCUAUCAUUUAUUAGUGAAGAAUAACUAGGAGGGAAAGGAGGCUUAUUUGAGAAGGAAGAGGGGAGCUUAAAAGAGGAUUUACAGUAGUUUUAUUUCGAGAUAACUAGCUCUAUGCUUACUUUUUUUUUAUUUCUAGGUGAUUCCAAGACAUAUGGUCUUAACAAGGAUGAAGACGACUUUGGUGCAUUGCCUUUAGAGUCGGGAGGGACCGAGGGCAAUGUUAUUAGCCGACAAGUCCAGGGAAAAUCCCCUUAUAUCCCCCGGAGGGGCCGAGAAAAGUUUCAACCAAACACCAAAGAUGGAGAUAUUUCAAAUAAAAUGAAGUUUACCUCCAAGAUCAUCGGUGCGGGAAAGUCUCCUUUCGCUAAAAUGGUUCAGUUAUUGAAUUCUCUGCCAGUUGCUUCAGGUAAUCCUGGACACACUAGGACCAAAAUGAGCACUCGAGAAAAAAGGGCUGAGAAGGUGGACAGGCCAGAUGAUGAGGAUUUUCAACAAGAGCCAUGGGCAGAUGUCUUUCUCACACCCCUUGAACGGAAGAGUGUACAUUUGUUUGAAAAGGAACCCGAAAUUCCUUAUGGUGAGACAAAAUUACUGUCAAAUGUCAAAGGACUUCCAAUGGGUAAACAUGAAUUGGACCUUCACAAUUUUGGCUCUGGAGAGUCUCAGGAAUACAAUGAAGAUGAUGGACAGCAGUCUGUAGGUGACACCUCCCCGGGUGUAAUUGGACUCGAGGACGAGACAAACAGCGAUUCCGUGGAAAGGGUCUUUACAGGGGAAGAACAAUUUGCUUCUGCACACGUGAGUAGAUUUAACUCUAAGAUCCUGUCAGCAACAGAAAGGUGAUUAAUACCGAUUUCCUAAGUAGGUGGAACAUGGGGUGGGUGUACGCGUGAACGAAUAGAUCUUCUUCUGACUAUGAUUGACGUUUUCACAAACUGUGUGGUCAUCUUAUUUUAGAGUCAAAGUGAAUUGUACCACGUCAGUUGAUCAUAGCCCCCUUAUAUUCAGUCAUUCACAUGAUAGUCAUGUUAAAUUUGAUUAACAGAGCUAUUCUUAGUGCAAUCCUAUUUGUUAUUUCAUUUUUUUCCAAUAAGCAGUCUUUAUCCAUCGAUUUACAGAAAGGGAAUGAUUAUCAAAGACGAAAAAGAGCUGCACCAGAAUACGAAAGCUCUCAUCAAGCGAAAACCAAGAAAAACAGGAAUAAAUCCUUCACACUGCCAAUUUCUGGUGGCCUCCGCUGGAAAGGUUUAUCCAUGGCUCAUGUCCGAAGUCGUGAUGGUGUGGAUGUAAGGGAAAGGCGGGCUACACGCGAACAAGGAAAAGGGGAUGUUGAAGGUGUGGCGAGAACUCUAACCGUUGUUUUCAUCCUUGGUGGAACAAUGUUUGUUCUUUUGCUGGGUAUCAUUCUGUUAUUCGCAAUUUGGUAAGUUUCUAGAAAAAAUACUGAAUUUUUACAGUAUACCAAGAAAAAAGGCCGCAAGGGUAAAUAUAUUGAACUCGAUGGUAAUUGUUGCCUCUGUUCAGUAUUAAUAACAAUUUGAUGAUGAGCAAAAAAGCUCCAUCAACCUCCAAUAUAUAAAAAUGGUGACGGCAUCAUCUAUAAUGCAACUGAAAUCAAUUUUAUUAGGAAUUAUUUGAUCGCUAUUGUAGUAUGUCUCCUUAAGUGUGGAUUUCCAUUGUCGCGUAAUUUCGCUUAAUUUAAUUUAAGGCGCAUAAAUAAAACUCAAGACAAAGUAUGAAAGGUAUAAAAAAUUGGACCUCGCUCAACUUUCACGUUUAGGCGUGACACUUUAAUCUUGCAUUGCCUCUAUCUUAUUUACGAGCGUAACAUUUCAGAGUUGCGCAGUGUUAGCGCCUUCUGUAAGUGACUACGCUGACUAAUUAAUUAACAAAGGCUGUUAUUUCGUAUGCUCACGAUCAGGCUGGCACAUUCAUGAUCAUCGUCGUUGAAGAGGAUAAUGUUUUCCCCGAACAGGCUUAUGAUAGCUUUGUAACCAACUGCUAACUUAUUCUAAGCGGUAACUUUGGUUAUUUUUCUAAAGAAAAUUUUCAUUUUCGUUUUUGGUCGUUGUUACUUUUUCAUAAAGGUAAAAUUGUCACCUUUAAAUAAUGAAAUAUUGUCUCAUCUUGAGAUGAGAAUCUCGGGGACACACCUUGUGAGACUAUUUUAGGUACCCACAUGAGAUUUUCGUCUUGCAGGCCACUACGAAAAUAUUUCCAAUAUUUAUUAAGUCGUACGGAGAAGCAGGACGUGGAGACUGGAGGGUGCGGAAAUGAAUUGUCAAGUAUCAGGCUAUCCUUCUGA